AAAUAAGUUGAUGAAGCCUUUCUCGAAAGGUUGUUGUUUUUCCGUCAGAGCAUAUUAUCCAGCGCUGCAGUGAUAUUAAUGGAUGUAUACAUGUUGUAAGGAGUUAUCGGAGAGCGGAUUAUCGUCUGACUGACACAUAAGCAGCGUCACGAACCUGAAGAGAAAGCCUCGAGUACAUAACAAACAGAAGCGUCACCGUGUCACAGCUAACAGGAGUUAGCUCCUCAAACCUCCUCAAAUCUACAAACCUGCUCUCACUUUCUCUUCCGUUUCGUCUGGGCUCGGUUUAUUAAGAGGAUUCUGUCAACACGUUCAGGUAGUGGUCUCUCCAGGAGAGGAUGAACUGGCUUUUCCCCCUGUCCAAAGGCUCCGGACCGCUCCCUCCUCUGAACAGCCUCCAGCAACAAAGACAGCGGCAGAUCGAGUCUCUGAAGGCGGCUCACCCCAGCCUCGCAGAGAUCCAGAAAGAUGUGGAGUACAGAAUACCAUUCACAGUCAACAAUUCCACCAUCAGCGUCAAUGUUCUGCUGCCUCCUCAGUUCCCCCAGGAGAAACCUGUCGUUAGCGUCUACCCGCCUGUUGGUCAUCAUCUAGUAGACGGCAAUAAUGGCACCAUGAUCACGAGCCCGCUCAUCUCUAAUUUUGGGAUGCACUCAGACUUAGGAAAAGUCAUCCAGAGUUUGUUGGACGAGUUCUGGAAAAGUCCUCCUGCCUUGAUGUCCUCUGGAACUGCUGGCUUUCCAUACAGUAUGUACAAACCCUCCGGCAUGGCUCCUUACCCCACUCAGGCUUACCACUACCCUCGCCAUGUGGGCCCCGGGCACACGCCGCCUGCUGGUCCAGGCCCAGCUCCGUCUCAAGCUCCCAUGCCUCACUCAGGGGUCGACAGCGGCUACGGGCCCCCUCGAGCUCCUGCACCGUAUGGCCUGAUUUCUGACCUGCCACUGCCGGUUCCCACUGGAGACGGACAGGCUGGACUGAAUGGACACAUGUACAAGAUGCCUGAGAUCCCUGAAUCGUUCCCUGAACUCAGUGACUUAAAUCUGACCCAGCUGUCCAGCAUGUCUGAAAACGAGGACCUGUUGCUGGAAUUCUUUGUGAGUUUACCGCAACUCAAACAGGUCACCAACGACAAAGAGGAGCUCGUCAACAGUAUAGUGGACAUUGCGAAGAAAAACCUUCAGAUGGAGCCGCAGCUGGAAGCAAAAAGACAAGAAAUGCUUUACAAGUACGAACAGCUGACUCAGAUGAAGUCUGCCUUCGAAACAAGAAUGCAGAGACAGCAUGAGCUCAGUGAGAGCUGCAGCCUUAGUACCUUACAGGCCCGACUAAAGGUCUCGGCCCACCAGGCUGAGGAGGAGUCGGAGGUGACAGCGGAAAACUUCCUGGAGGGACGCACGGACAUCGAUGAGUUCCUGACCAGCUUCAUGGAGAAAAGAACGCUUUGCCACAGCAGACGGGCCAAAGAGGAAAAGUUACAGCAGUCCAUCAACACACAUGGACCAUUUCCUACCAGCCACUAGAACACAAGGUAAUUUUUCAGCCAACUGCUGCCAAUUUAAAGGAUAACGAAAUCUGAGGCGACGAAAAAGCACACCGAGUCAGCAAGCAGCACUUCAGAGAGACGGGAGGACUGUGAGGGCGACGAUGGGAUCUGUGAGGAUGAGUCGUGUGAGAGCAAGAUGGAGACGCUGCAGACACACAACAGAAGACAAACACUGAGAGAGAAAGGGAGAGAGAGAGGCACAUGUUCAGCUUUUCCAAUCACGUCACUGUGGAGAAUUACAUUUUGGAUUUUAUUUUUUGCACACGCUGUUUGUCCGGUCUUGAAUUCACAUUGACCUCAACAGAUUUUAGGAUGCGUCGCUCAGUAAGAGCUAAAACUUCACCUGUUUGGAGUGGUUGAGAAAUGAGGUAGUAAGUGUUAACACGGCAAUUUUUUUAAAAUUCUAACGUUGGUGUCUUUGCAUUCUUCUCUCAAGUCAUUGUCGGGUCAUGCUUUAUUAUCACAGACAGACGGAUGCGCUCCUACUGGACGGAUCCAACCACUGAGAAUCUCUUGUUUACAUCAGAGUGGUUGGUCUUGAUAUUUAAAUGAAGCAAGUCAGGAUUCACUCCCCAACAACAAAAAAGCAUUAAUAAAUAAGGCUGCCACCGUGUCGCCGGAGAAGUCCUGAAGACCUGGCUCCUUAGAUUUGAACUCUGUACAUUGAAAAGUAGUUUCUUUAUGAAGUUGUGUGGUGUUCAUCUUGAGUUAUGUCGUGAGCAGAGCCUCAGUAUCACUGUGAGACGGCAAACUCUGAUUUGUGUCAGUUGUUGAGCCCGUGAUAAAGUUCUCUUCUAUACUUUAAAAUAAUUCAGUUUACAGACCGGGUUGUUUUCAGUGCUUUGAAAGGUCGGUGAGUGAUAUCAAAUAGUUUUCUGGAGGCUACUGAAAACUAAAACAGUCAGUAUUCAUAGAUUAAAUUAACACCACAAAACAACUUCAACGGUUUGAUCAUCUUAACUCUGUGACCUUUGAAUUGAUACAUUAGUGUACAUGUGAACAUGAUGUUGAGCGCCAUCCUGACCGUUUUUGGACACAGUUUGAGCUUAAAGUUUUUGACGAGGAAGCGCCUCGGGGGAUUUGUGAUAACUUUGAGGAGAAUUAGGUUUAAUGCUGCAGUAAAACUUGGGGACAUUGGAUACUGUAUUUAAAUAAUGUUAAUAAUAGGCUAUAUUGUAAUCAAAGACUCAGCCACCUUGUAUUAUAUGUUAUUUAAUUUGUUAGAAUAAUAAAGCAUUUAGAAUAAA